AUGUACCGACUCAAUCUUUUGAUGGUCCUCGUAGGGACCACUGUCGCUUUUCUUGUUGUACCCGCAAGGCCUAAUCUGUUCGAAGACGACUCAGAAGAACUCCACCGUCUCGGCAGUACUAGCACUCUCGGAGGUAGACGCCAUUUUGAUCAGUUUGGCCAACACGACGACGAAUUCGACCAUGAAGCCGUGCUUGGCGCACACGACGAAGUCGAGGCCUUCAAGGAGCUCGAACCAGAGGAGGCCAAAGCGCGUCUCGCAGUGCUGGUGGACAAGAUGGACUCCAAUAAUAACAGUUUUGUGGAGAAGACAGAGCUCCGUGACUGGAUUAUCUCUUCUUUCAGGUUUUCCUUUCAUACUUAA